AUGGCCACCCUUCACUACCUCCCACCCGUCAAGCCCUCAGCCAUCGCGCUAGGCAUCGUCUUCACCCAGGUCUCGUCCGCAGCCGUUCUCGCACCUCUCUUCGGUGACACCUACCACCGUGCUAAGGCUGCCGACUCGAAGGAAGAGUUCUUCAAGUCGCGCGAGACUGCCACUGCUGCUGCUUCCUGGGGUUCGUCCAUCGUCGGCUCUGGUCUCCAGACCUACGGUGUCGGUGCUCUGAUCAACGCUACUGGUACUCUCAGCUAUAAGGGCGCUGCUUAUCUUGGUUCAUUGAUCUUCUUCGCAUCUGCUGGCCCUGGUCUCAUCGCCUCAGUCGCCUACGAGAAGCGUCCUCUUGAUGUCGUUGCCGUCGGUGUCCUCAGCCGCGUCUUCGAGACUGUUGGCCUGUCGCUGUUCCUCACCUGGUGGGGCACCCGCACCAACCCAUUCGAGACCGGUCUAUAA